GACGAAGCAGAGCUCACACUUCAGCAGGACAAGACCACGGGGAAGGCCUUGGCUCUUCUCAACACCAUGGCUCACAUGCUGAUCAGACACGAUCAAGAACUGAACAGCCUUCGGCGCACAGAUCAAUUCAUUCUUUUUUUGAAUCCAGAUCCAACAGGCGCACUUCACCUCUUGAUUCAGGAGUCUGCAGUCUGGAAGACACAGAUGGAGAGCCAGACACAACAGCAGCUGCAGCCACUGAGACAACACUUGGUGCUCACCCUGCUGAAGGCGCUACAGCACAAUGCGGGCAAGAUCGUGGAGAGCAAAGACACGGAGCAGCUGUACCAGAAGUCAGUCAAGAUGGGAUUGAUCCUGGCGGACAGGAGCUUUCCAUUCCACCGUUGGGAUGGCCAGAAGCAACAAUUGGUGAUCGACAAAAAGCAACCUGUGAGCUCUCAGAAAAUGUUUCAGCAUCUGACGGAGUUGCAGGAGAUGAUGCUGGACAAAGAGAUGGUGGUACGCUUCCACGCACUCAGGACUCCGACCUCUCACGACACCAGGGCCAUUCCAUGGCGGCUGCAAAUCAACAUGAGGAGCGACAGAGCUUACGACUUGCUGUUCCAACUGCAGCACAACUCCAUUUGGAUGGCAGUGGGUGCAACCAUGAAGCAGCACACGCUGACACAAUCACCACUGGCAACCACCUUGCAAUCCAUGGUGGGCAAGAGCAAGGGCAGGGGCAAGGGCAAGACCAAAACCCCUACCCCUCCCAAGCAGGAGGCCUGAUGUCUGCCCUUGACGUCGAAGGUUUUCAAAAGCUGCCCAAAUGCUUUUAUGGACUGAAGCUGCACAAUGACAGCAACUGGUGCUAUGCCAACAGCUGCCUCUACUGUGUUCUUUGGACGCUUUUGAAUGUGGAUGCGCCGAACAUCCAACAGUGGGGACCACAUUGUGUCGUUUUGACUGACUUUUUGACACGGCAUGCAAAGCAGACUGCUGUGUUGGCUGACUACAGUUGGUUUCAAGACAUUUUGUGCGCUUGGGGACCCAGUCAGGGCCAGAAAGAUAGUGCUGAAUGUGCACAGCAUUUUCUGAAAUGGCUCCAGACAGAUGCGUUUGACAUGAGCUGGGAAA